UUGAUGGUUUGGAUAAGGCUUCAAUCGCUAACUCGGAUGGACCAGCCCCAGGAUCCCAAACUCCCCCCUUCAAAAGGAAGGGCAAACUCUCCACCAUUGGCAAAAUCUUUAAACCUUGGAAAUGGCGGAAGAAGAAGACUAGUGACAAAUUCAGAGAAACAUCAGCAGUGUUGGAAAGGAAGAUUUCGACAAGACAAAGCAGAGAGGAGCUGAUAAGAAGGGGAGUGCUGAAGGAAAUGCCUGAGCAAGAUGGUGAUGUAACAGUAAGUUUUGAAACUUCAAAUGGACACACCAUAGCCAUUGGUGAAGAAACCAUACAGGAAGAAAAUGUGGUAAAAGCUAGUGGAGAUAAUGAUACUUUAUCAGAGAAAGCAUCAGCAUUGGAAGGAAAAAAAGAAGAUCAAAAAGAGAGCACUAUCGAUCACUGCCCAGAAAUACCGGCAUCCCAUGCGCCACCACUACCCAAGCCUAAGCCUAAAUCUAAAAAAGCUCCGCUACCACCAAAAAAUGCUAUUGCUGCUUCGGCCACCACCAGCCAUAAGAGUAACGAAGCACCUCAUGCUAAAAAAAAGGGAAAGGCUCCUGCUAAGCAGCCUCCUCUCCCACCACCCAAGCCAACAAGCCACAGUGCAAAUCGAGAAGCUGCUAGUUCCUCUCAUGCAAAAAAACCACCAGUCUCCAAGUCCUCUUCAUCGCCAUCUCCUUCAUCCGCGUCAUCUCAUCCCAAAGCCUCUAAGGAGACUCCCAGCAAAUUGGGCACAUCAGGGACUCCCAGGGGCAAGAAAAAACCUGGGAAACAGUCAGCCCCACGAACAGCGCCGGAUGGGGCUGCUUCUUCCCCCUCAGGUGCCACAGCCAACAGGUUGGAAGCGAAGGCAGAAAAACACGAGCCUGAGCAACCUUCCAUAGUAAUUUCUGAAAUGGAGGACGCAGACCAACCGAGCAAGCUUGUUGUCCCCCCUCCUCCCACCGCUGCCCCUCCUCCACCUCCACUUCCACCUCCUUUUGCUGCUGCAGCCGGUCAGCUCGCUGUCUCCUCAGAUGCCCAAGAUGUGUCAGACGGCUGCGCGGCAGUGCCAGCUGGCACCGGAUCAGAUACUAAACCUCUUCUCCAGGCUGAGCGUGGCACAGACGAGAGCCUGAGCAGUACGACCCUAGACAGCGGUCCAGAUGCUGGUGGAGAAGACACAGAAAGCUUGGCUACCAAAGAAGACCAAGAAGCGGAGGCACCUGGCCAGGCACGCUCUGAACUGGUGGAGGAGGCUUCUGAUGCUGGUGCUGCUCCUGAGAGUGAAAGUAGCAGAGAGAGCCACAGCAGUGACUCGGACUCUGACGGACCGAUACUGUACACAGAUGAUGAUGAGGAUGAUGAUGAUGAUGAUAAUGCAAGUGCUGAAAACUCUUUGGCAAGUAAAAUUCGUCGCAGGGAUACUCUUGCUAUCAAACUUGGCAACAGACCAUCUAAGAAAGAAUUAGAAGACAAAAACAUCUUGCAGCGUACAUCUGAAGAGGAGAGGCAGGAAAUCAGACAUCAGAUUGGAACAAAGCUAGUGAGGAGGCUUAGCCAGAGGCCUACAACUGAAGAGCUAGAGCAAAGAAAUAUCCUAAAGCAGAAGAAUGAAGAAGAGGAACAGGAAGCCAAAAGAGAAAUAAAACGUAGACUCAGUAGAAAGCUAAGCCUGAGGCCUACGGUGGCCGAACUUCAAGCAAGAAGAAUCCUUAGAUUUAAUGAGUACGUGGAGGUCACGGAUUCCCCGGAUUACGACCGUCGUGCCGACAAGCCUUGGGCCAGGUUAACUCCUGCAGACAAGGCAGCAAUACGGAAAGAACUGAAUGAAUUUAAAAGCACAGAAAUGGAAGUGCAUGAGGAAAGUCGGCAAUUUACCAGGUUUCAUCGUCCAUAACUGUUUGACCACAUCCCAUAUUUCAUGUAACGAUUUUCUUUGGGGAAAUCAUUGC